AUGAUUUUCUUUCUCGUUAAAAAACUUCCAAAAUAUCUUACAAUUCUACUUGUAUUUAUAUCAAUUGUGCUUUUAUGCUUUAUACUAGCUGGUUCAUUUGAUACAUCCCCAAGUUUUUCCAACGUCUAUGUGCUAGAGUUUAAGUUCAAUAGCAGUUCUGAAUACUAUCCAAUCAUUCAAAAGUCCUAUAGUCUUCAAAAUUCUUCUUCGACCCUCUCAAAUAUGAAAAUUAGAGUGGGGUACCUUGGCAUGUGUGUUCUUCUUAAUGGAAGUUUAACGUGUUCUUCCAACGGGAAUCUUGGUACACUUUCCAGUUAUUCUGGGGUAUCUCUAUCAAAUCUGACAAAUCCGGACUCACAGUUAAAUUUGGUUAAUUUAGCAAGCACUUUUGCUAACAUUUGCCAUCCAUACAUUUUAAUGGCAACAAUUAUUUUAAGUAUAAUUCUCUUUUUCCUUGUAUUUUGGGCUUCGUUCCCCUUACCUGGGAAAGUUUUAGUUCAAAAAUGCAACUGCAUAAUAUCAAUAACUAAUGUCCUUCUUUGGGGGUUAGGUUCAAUGUUGCAACAAGAGGCAACUACAGCUGUUAAGAAAAUAGUAGGUCCUGCAUCCAUGCACACAAUAAUUGCAACUGUGGGAACAAGGUGUAUGGCAAUGACUUGGACAGUUUUUACAUUCAAUUUGAUUGUUUCUAUGGGUACCGUAUUUGUGUUUGUAAGAGGACUCAAACAAGCAGCACAAAUAAUUGAGCCCAAAUUUUGA